AUGAACCCGUACGCAAGAGACCUUGAGGAAAAGCUUUGUAGUAGAAGGACUUUAUACCAGAGUGGCUCCAGGUCAAGCCAGCGACGUGCGUUUAUACGGCUAUACGCGACUGAUCCACUGCGCAAAGAUAUUAGCGACAACUGCAGAUGGUUUUUGCCGUCGGUAUCUCGUGAAUUACAUUCAUUGCGUCGUCCUGCCACCCCUACGUCUUUUCUGUUGCCAAAGCUGCAGCAAGGCAGUGCAACAGUUCGGUGGCAUGGUCACAGUCACGGGUGUUUGCUGGACCAAGAAGAAUCCGAGGAACAGCGAGCGUUGAGACAGCAAGUGUCGGCGGAAGACAUGAAGGCUGCAGACCGCAUCACGUGGGUCGGUGUUUGGCUCAAUGUGGCGCUUAGUGGACUGAAAGGGGCAGCUGGGGUAGCGUUCCACUCGUCUGGACUAUUGGCAGAUGCCACCCACUCGAUCGGGGACUUGGUGAGCGACUUUGUGACCCUCGUGUCGCUCAAAUAUUGUGCUCGUCCGCCUGACGUUCUGCAGCCUUACGGAUACGGCAAGUACGAGACGAUUGGUGCCUUGUCCGUAUCGUUGCUGCUAGUGGGAGGGUCCUUGGGUAUCAUGGCGCACUCGCUGGACUCGCUGCUGAUGCUGCUGGAGCCUGUCUCGGCGUCAGUGACUGUGACAAACACGACGCAAGUGGUAGAAUUGAUUGAACAUAUGAAAGUGGAAACGAUGGACGGUGUCAAGAGUCUGGCCAAGUCAGGUCACACACACGCGCAUGGACUAGAUCUGCAUCCAGCUGCAUUGGGGAUCGCUGCGUUGUCGGUGGUGGCCAAGGAAGCUCUGUUUCGCACCACCUUUAGUAUCGGGCACCGCGUGCACUCGUCAGUGCUCAUUGCGAAUGCGUGGCACCAUCGUAGCGAUGCGGUGACGAGUGUGGUGGCGUUGAGCGGUAUUGGACUGAGUCUUGCUGGCUUCCCGUUGUUUGAUCCGCUCGCUGGUAUUGCCGUGGGUACGAUCAUCUUGAAGAUGGGAGCGGAAAUGGGUUGGAAUCGGAUGAAGGAGCUGUGCGACGCCAAGUUGCCUGAUCCAAUCACCCAAAGGCUCGAGGAAGCUGUUGACGAUGUGAUCAAAGCAAGUGGCAACGAAAUCGUUGGUGUUCGCAAACUGCGAAGUCGCAAGGUCGGUCGUCAUGUAUACGUGGAUUUGACUUUACUGGUUGACGAUGGAUCUACAGUGGCACAAGCUGUCGAGUGGAAGCGAAAGGUCAAGCAUGCUAUAGUGCAAAAGGUUCCGCAAGUGAAGGAUAUUGUGGUAGAAGUGGCGACAACAACAACGCACUCUGCGACGUCUACCGGGGAUAUGGACAUCUCACGUCAAAGUCGUGUCUAG